CAGUAGUAGCAUAUGUUAAGGACACAAAGUUUCGCACAACUUAAUUGAAACGCGCUUUUCACAACAAAACCAAAGCAUUCAGGCUCAGCCCCUUCCUCCAUUCCCCUUUUCUUCUUCUUCUCCGCGUUUCCGAUCAGAUCCUUAUCACCCCCACCUUUCCAAUCCACAAACACGAUCGUGCUUCUUCUCUACGGUUUCGCCUUUUCCUUCAUACACCAAUUCUCGAUUUCAAUUUUCAAUUUUCAAUUAUCAUACAUAUAUGUUAAAUUGGUAAAAAAAAUAUGUAUAGCAAUUUCAAGGAACAGGCGAUAGAGUACGUGAAACAAGCCGUUCAUGAAGAUAAUGCUGGUAACUAUGCGAAAGCGUUUCCUUUAUAUAUGAACGCUUUGGAGUAUUUCAAGACUCAUUUGAAGUACGAGAAGAACCCUAAAAUCAGAGAAGCUAUUACGCAGAAAUUCACUGAGUAUUUGCGUCGUGCUGAGGAGAUCAGGGCUGUGCUUGAUGAUGGUGGGCCAGGUCCAGCUUCUAAUGGCGAUGCUGCUGUUGCUACGAGGCCCAAGAGUAAGGCUAAGGAUGGUGGUAAAGAUGGUGAAGGUGGAGGGGAUGGAGAAGAUCCGGAGCAGGCGAAGCUUAGGGCUGGAUUGAAUUCGGCGAUUAUUAGGGAGAAACCUAAUGUGAAGUGGAAUGAUGUUGCUGGGUUGGAGAGUGCUAAACAGGCUUUGCAGGAAGCUGUUAUCUUGCCUGUCAAGUUCCCUCAAUUUUUUACUGGUAAAAGACGACCAUGGAGAGCAUUUUUGUUGUACGGACCUCCUGGAACUGGUAAAUCAUAUUUAGCCAAGGCAGUUGCAACUGAGGCUGAUUCAACAUUUUUCAGUAUUUCUUCAUCAGAUCUUGUUUCAAAGUGGAUGGGUGAAAGUGAAAAAUUGGUUUCAAACCUUUUCCAAAUGGCACGAGAAAGUGCCCCCUCUAUCAUAUUUAUUGAUGAAAUAGAUUCCCUAUGUGGCCAGCGUGGAGAAGGCAAUGAGAGUGAAGCUUCAAGACGAAUCAAAACAGAACUUCUGGUGCAGAUGCAGGGUGUAGGAAACAAUGACCAGAAAGUUCUUGUUCUUGCAGCAACAAAUACACCUUAUGCUUUAGACCAGGCAAUAAGGCGUCGUUUUGAUAAGCGUAUAUAUAUUCCACUACCAGAAUUGAAGGCUCGCCAACACAUGUUCAAGGUGCAUCUUGGAGAUACUCCUCAUAAUUUGACUGAAAGUGAUUUUGAGUAUUUGGGUAGCAGGACAGGGGGAUUUUCAGGUUCAGAUAUAGCUGUCUGUGUGAAGGAUGUUUUAUUUGAACCUGUUCGCAAAACCCAAGAUGCUAUGUUCUUCUUUAAGAGUCCUGAGGGUAUGUGGAUCCCAUGUGGACCAAAGCAACAGGGCGCAGUUCAAACUACAAUGCAGGAUCUUGCCACAAAAGGACUUGCUUCUAAGAUUCUUCCACCUCCUAUCACGAGAACUGAUUUUGAAAAGGUUCUGGCAAGACAAAGGCCUACAGUAAGCAAAAGUGACCUUGAGGUUCAUGAGAGAUUCACAAAGGAGUUUGGAGAAGAAGGUUAAUGCAGAUGAAUUUUUAAUUUGAAAAAGAUCCACACUGGUUUUAGGAUAUGUUAUUAUUUGUAAUCUCUCUAGUUAUUGGAUCAAAGUGAAAUGCAUCAUUUUUAUGUCAUUUUGAGGUUGUGAAGUUCCCCUUUGUGCGGUGGAUUUAUAACGAUGGAUAUACUAAUUUCGCCACUCCUGAAUUGUGUAUAUUGGAAUAUGAAAUGAUUAGAAAAAUAACUUGUAUCA